GGAAGUGAUUUGGUUCUGAGGUUAGCCACCGACGACUUUGGAAUGUACGAAUAUCUGAAUACUUUCGUCAGCGGCGCCGGAAAUUUCGUUUGCGAUUGAUCGCUGCAAAGUUGGCUAAUUGUAUUGACUUUAUGAAGAUUGAUUUCUCAGACAUUUAGAAACUAAAAUGCACUCGUCAAGUUGCAAUUAGCGGGGUAGUUGGCGUGAAGUUUUCUUUCAGAGACUUGCUGCCUGCUGAGAUGCGUCCCCUGUGAGGGUGAGGCGGGGCAUGAUGCUGGGUGGGCUGGGCUCGGGUAAUGGAGAACCCAAUCAGCACGGCCGAGGCGCGGCAGCCCUCCCACCUCCCGAACGUCGCCGCCCCCUCGGCGCCCCCCCCGCGGCGUGACGGCGAGCAGGGCCCCAGUGGGCACGCUGUGGGUUUCGUGCUGGUGCACGCAGGGGCCGGUUACCACUCAGAAUCCAAAGCCAAGGAAUAUAAACAUGUCUGCAAGAGAGCCUGUCAGAGGGCGGUGGAGAAGCUGAAGGCCGGAGCCAUGGCAGUGGAUGCAGUAACCGCUGCUCUUGUGGAGCUAGAGGACUCUCCGUUUACAAACGCAGGGACGGGCUCCAACUUGAACCUGUCGGGGGAGAUCGAGUGCGAUGCCAGCAUAAUGGACGGAAAGUCCCUGCAUUUCGGGGCGGUGGGAGCCCUGAGCGGCAUAAAGAAUCCAGUUUUGGUGGCAAACAGACUACUACAGGAGGCACAGAAGGGGAAGCUAUCGGCUGGCAGAAUUCCUCCAUGCUUUUUAGUGGGAAAAGGAGCAUAUCACUGGGCAGUGCAUCAUGGGAUACCUCCUUGCCCUUCGGAUAAAAUGGCCACAAAGUUUAGUCUGUCUGCGUACAAGAGGAACAAACGCAAGAUGGAGCUGGCCGAGAAGGCGGAGAGCGAGUACAAGCAGGCCAAGAAGAGAAGACAAUCAAGCGAAAACGGGGGCCUAGUGGACCCCGCCCCCCAGCCGGACGACGACUCGGGUUCCUUGGAUACGGUGGGUGCGAUCGUGGUGGAUGGGGAUGGGAACGUGGCGGCGGCAGUGUCCAGCGGCGGCCUGGCGAUGAAGCACCCCGGCAGAGUGGGCCAGGCUGCCCAUUACGGUUGUGGCUGUUGGGCUGAAAAUGCCUGGAACUUGAACCCUUACUCUACAGCCGUGAGUACCUCAGGCUGCGGGGAGCACCUCGUCCGCACCAUGCUGGCGCGGGAGUGCUCGACGGCUGUGCAGUCGGAGGACGCCCACCAGAACCUGCUGGAGACUAUGCAAAACAAGUUCAUCAGUUCGCCCUUCCUGGCCAGUGAGGACUGUGUUCUUGGGGGUGUCAUUGUCCUCAGAUGCUGCAAGUGUGUGGAGACACAGCCGCCCCAAGACAUCCAGGCGCUGCUAGUGGAGUUCCUGUGGAGCCACACGACAGAGAGCAUGUGCGUGGGGUACAUGUCAGCCCAGGACGGCAAGGCCAAGACCCACAUCUCCAGGCUGCCUGCCGGAGCCGUCGCCGGGCAGUCGCUGGCCAUCGAGGGCGGGGUGUGUCGUCUGGGGAACCUGGUGGACUGAGCCCGGAGUCUUCCUCAGCAAUAUGUGACCUGCCCCCAACCCCCUCGACCCCCCC